AAAAAAUAGAGUAUUCUUUGAAAGUUUACAUCUUGGGCACUUCAAUUCUCAUUCCAAAAUACAAACGAAUCCCCAGCGGUGUCCAGCCUGGCGCCAAGUUGUCGGGCAUUGCCAUAGUGAAAUGUUACUGCAUCUGUCUGUCACAGGACCUCUGCGUCUGUCCCUGCCAUGCCACCUCUCCCAACCACCUCCUGCUUCUCCAUGGGGAUCAAAAAGGACCCCCAAAUUAAUGGGGCAUAAAAAUAGGUGUCUGAAUGGCAGUGUACCCCACCCCUUUCUUCCUCCCUCCUCUCCCCCUUCCAUCCCUGGCGCCUGUAAUCACCAGGCGGUCUGAGGCUAAGUGGUAGUUUUGCCCAUGGUGGGGGGGCUUGGAAACCACACCCCUCUCCCCGGGGCCCUCCUGGCCAUUCCCAGCUCCGAUCGCCUCCACUGUUGAGAUGGGUCUGAAGGGGGCAUGGUGUUUCCCAUGGUGUGGGUGCCGGAGACAGCGGGGGACUGAAAGAGGAGCAGGCCUGAGUCCUGCUGCCCCUCCAGAUCCCAGUCCAGCUAUAGCCCCCAUCAUGGCUGAGGGAGGGGUAUCCUGGCCAGGGCCUGGUGCCUAUUUCAGCAGGAAAGCCCGACUCUCCUUCCGCCACCAGCUGCAUGACAUAGCAUCGGCCAACGACUCCACCAUUUGAAGGGAACAACGAAGAGCUGAACCUCCAGGAAGGCUUAGCAAGCUUCCUUCCCCAGAUUUCUCAGCGAUCCUAAUGUCCACCUCCCCAAGUCCUUUCUAACCUUCUCAUUAAAUGUGUUCGUAGUUGCUAA